AUGUCAACAGCAUCAGAUGAAGAUGUGAUCAAAUCAUGGAGGAGGCUGGUUCUGAUCUAUCAUCCGGACAAGAAGUGGUUGGGGGGACGCCACUUUGGUAAUCCAUCAGUCAACGACGAUGACGAGAACGAUGAUGAUGAUAACGAUAUAAGAUUGAUCAACGAAGCGAAAUCAAUCCUACUUGAUCCAAUGAAGAAACAGCAAUGGCUCGAUUCGUUCUCAUCAACAUCAAAAAUCACUGGAGCGAAUGAGAAAGAACCCACGAAGACUGGUCCACAUAUAUUUAGGAAUAUCUCUCUAGACGAAUUCACACCGCACUAUACCUGUCAGAACAAUCACAAUCAGGAUGAAGAUGAGGUCGAGGAUGAAGAGGAUCAACAACCUGAAUAUUUCACAUAUCCCUGUAGAUGUUCGAGCGAAUUCAAAAUCACGUUAGAACAGCUGGAAGAUAAUGUUGAGGUGGUUGGAUGUGAAGGGUGUGGGGAAUGGAUAAGAGUGGGGUAUGAGGUGGUUGAGGAGGACGACCAGCAUCAGGCUCAGGAUCAGAAUCAGGAUCGGAAUCAAGAUCAAAAUCAAGCGCAAUCCUGA